AUGUCGUCUAAAGAAGCUUCAGCGAUUCUAGACUCUGUGCACAAGAAGACCAAAGUGUUUGGAUGUAAUCUACAAAAUUAUGUUAAAGUAAGUACAUGCACCAAGUCAUAUCAUGCAGUUCUUAACGACUCCUUGCGGAAAAAUAACCGCACUUGUAAUUGUUUCAAAGUUUUUGGGAAAUUUUUGUGACAUUUCCUUAGGUAGAUAUCGGGGAUUGACUCUUUAGACCCUAAGGGCCGAUUAUUUCAACCAAACCGCAUUUUAAGCCAUCUUCAAUUUAGCCGAACUUCUAUCCGAAUAAUUAAAUUUGUUAGCAGUGUUCAGAGGGCCGAAAGCUGAUAGUGAAAGGACAUUUUUGUAAUUAAAUCAGCCCUCUUAUAGAGAAUCCCUGAGGUGUACUGCUUGCGUAAAACCGCGGUUUGGGUUAGAUCUCCUGUAAAAACCGGCUCUUAGUGACUUGCUUCUAAUGUUUUCUUACAAUAUCAUCCCUGAAUCUAACAUUAAGGUCACGAGAACUAAAGAAGUGAUCGCCAUCUUAAGAAGCUCUUGUUAGCCUGUUAAAUUGAUUGUUUCAAGUUUGCUUUAUUUCUCAGGUUACAGGAAGAGAAAUUCCAGAGGUUGUAGAAAGUUGUGUCAAGUUUAUUAAAAAGUUUGGUGAGUACUUGAAAUUCGGCCUUCCUGGUUAGUUAAUUAAGUUUUAUUGACUGAUUUGAUAAUGUGAAUUGGCCACCGUUGAGAGAGUCUCUUGGGAGUUUAAGAAACGACGACGGCGGCGAUGCCUUAGACAACGUCGGUUAAAAAAUGAACUUAUAUUUUACCAACGAAUCUUGCGAUACUCUAAAGUCAUUUAGUUUCUUUCUCACUGUCAAAACUAUCUCGAAACUGAAUAUGGAACACAGGUUUGUCAUUUCACGUUGUUGUUUUGCAGAGGACGCAAAGAAAUUUACAAAGAUUUAUAACGCACGUGCACCGCUAUUGUUCUUCUCAUUAAACUUUUUGUUUAGUGACGUUGUCGUUGCCGUCGUGGUUUUCUUAAAGUCCCUUUUAGCUGACGUCUUGAGCGGUAACCCUUCGUCAGAGAGAAUGACGAUUCUGGGGCCUCGAAGGAUUUAAAAAAUCCCUUAUUUUAGUUUAUGUCUGCUGCCCUGGGAAGUAUGCUGUCAUAACAUAACAGUUUUAAUUUAUUUUAUUGUGUUCGUAGGGCUGGACCAUCAAGGAAUAUUUCGGUUAUCGGGAUCCACAACGGAAAUAAACGACAUGAAACAACUUUUUGAAAAUGGUAACUGCCUUGAAAGUUAGGGAACGUUUUGUUUCUCUGUACAUUUAUCGCGUUGCGGCUGAAAUUCGCGGGUUUUUUUUUUUUUAGGUCGUGAUCCGUUAGCAGGUCUGAAUCAUUGGAAAGAUAUCAACGCCGUGGCUGGUUUACUCCGGGUUUAUUUCAGGGAACUGGAAGAUCCUCUGUUUCCUAGUUCACAUUAUCAAGAAUUCAUUAAGGCUAGCUGUAAGUAUCUCGUUAUAUUGUUAAAUGAGGGUAGUUCCUCUUUUCUAACGAAGACUGAGGCCCUCCUGGCUUAUAACCGAGGAUAGUGGGUGAGAGGGAAAGAGUGGAUGCCAUGGCUGAGGAAAGCAAGCGGUUUUAAAAAUUGGAAAAUUGUUGAGGUCUUAUCAAAAGAGGGAUCUUGUACAGCAACUGGUAUUGACUUUUGCAAUUCAGCGUGAAGAACGGGAAAUUUCACAACUUUUUCAAGAGCGGGAAAUAUGAAACCCCUGCACAUAGCAAGAAAAAAUAGCGAGCUAAACCUUUGAAAGGGCGCGAAUUACGCAAUCUACGUCAAGGGGAAAUUUUACGUUCAAUGCCAAGUGCGGAAUAAUGUAUAACUUGUACCCAGGGUGAAAAAUUGUCCUACCUGCGUUAAGAGGAGAAAUAUGAAACCGCUGCGAACACUGGGUAAUUAUGCGAUCAGUGCCCAAGGCGGGAGGGCCUGCAACCGGUGCGGAGGACAGCAAGUAGUUUUAGGCCCAGGCAAAGGGCGGGAAAACAUGCAAGGUUACCUGCGGUGAUUGUGCUCAGUCCACCCAGGUUUAUCAUCUCGAGGGUUUUUUUUAUUGUGAAAUUAUAUGUCUGGGAAAAAAAAAAAAAAAACCUGAAUUUUGUACUUUAAAGUUGUGUUGGAUCUUUGAUUAUGGUGCACUAUCCUCUCUUUAUCUGAAGUGUCAGCGUCAGUAGAAGAUGGUAUCAAAGAAAUAAUGACUGCACUCAGUUCGCUUCCUGAAUCAGUGGUUCGAGUGAUGGAGUAUCUGUUUUCUUUCCUUAGCUUGUAAGUAUUAUAAGUCAAUCUUUUUUAAAUGUAAUUUACCCAGAAAGAAUGCUACUCUCCUGAAAACCGAACUUCCCUAUUAAACAACGUGUCCCAAAUUAUUAUAACUUUAGCCCAAUGCAGAUUGAAACUUAGUUCGCCACUGACGCAAAGUGAAUGUUGCCUCUAAAUCUCUUCGAAAUACACAAUCUUUCAAGGAAUUACGGUCGUUUCGCUUACGUCUAGAGUCGAUUCGCCUACGUCCAAUAUGUCAGUUCGCCUACGUCUUAAACCCCGUACUAUGACAAUUAUUGUAUAAAACAAUUGAUUCAAUUGAAACAAAAAUUGAUGAUGUUCGAAAACUAUCGCAUGAAAAUUUGAUAUCACAACUAAUGAACUCUAAUGAUUACCAUGUUAAUUGGGUUCAUCUCACCGCGCUUUGACAUGAGAGACAAAUUGAUUUGACCCUUUUUGCAACAUUGGAUAAAUGCUAUGAUAUAUAUCAAUGUUGCAAUUGUACCCUAAUAUUCAAAUUACUGUAAUUAUCAUGCUUUCCACGCUUUCGCACUGCUGUAGUGUUAUUCAUGCAUAUGAAUCGUAGGCGAACCGACUCUGGACGAAGGCGAAACGACCCGUAGGCGAAACGAGCUGAAUAGCUCUCAGUCAGUAUAGCUUUUCAGACAGUCGGUCUCUGUCAACAACAGCAAUUGUUCUUUUUAGAACUUUCUUGAAGACUACAACACAGCAAUUUCAGAUAAAAUAACAUCAUAAUUACAUAACCCAAUAGAAUGUUCCAGGCAGUUCCAUGGUAUGACAUCAGAAAGUUCGAGUAUCCACAUUGCCGUGACAAGGCAUUCUAGAAGUUUUCAAAAACUGCUACUCUAUAGCCACUUCCCAUAACAAAGAAUAUGUUCGCAAAAUUGAACCCCCAAAAUUUAAUGUUCUACGGUAUGACGUCUCUCGGCAGAGUUGCACAGCACAGUGAAUCUAACAAGAUGGACGCCCACAAUCUGGCGGUAGUGUUCGGCCCGACAUUGUUACGUAUCCCGUCCGAACAAGACAUGAUAGCUUAUCAAAGUCAAGUGAAUGGAAUGAUAGAAUUACUUAUUAAACAUUGUGACGAGAUAUUCCCUGGCUCUGGAGAAUCGCUACCAGCGCCAUUAUCUGAGACAGAAGAGAGUGAGAGCGAGGAAGGUAAGUGUUCAGAAUGGAACGAUUUUUAAUGCCCUCUCAGAAGGAAGAGAGAGAGAAUGAGGAGUGCGUCAAGUAUUUAAAGCAUUUAAAACAUUGCUUUUAAAAGAUAUCUUUUUAGAUUAAAUAGAGUGUUGAAACAUUCUUAGAGUCAACACGUCCAUUUUAGCUAAAAAUUGCAACCACCUAUCUUACUUCCGGUUCUUUUGAACCUCACUUGCACAUAACGAACUCUGCAACUCGCCUACACGUUAAUAUAAAACGCGAUUUAACAGGGAGCUGAGCGCUCGCAUUACUCGUGCGUUUCAUGCCAGUUCGUCGUCUUUUUUCUUACAGUCAUGGUUACUUUUUUUUCCUUUUUUUUUUCCUGCAGAUCUGGAGCCAAGGGAAGCCGAAGCGAUAUAUGAUUACUCAGCUCGAUCCUCCAAGGAAUUGUCCUUUAAAAAAGGCGACAUUAUUCAGGUGUUCAAAAGAUUUAACCCGGAAUGGUGGGACGGGACAAUCAAUGGAACUGAAGGCUUUGUGCCAGCCAGGUACAUUCGUAUGCUGACAGACGACGAUGUCGAUGCAAAUGAUGGCGAAGGGAAUAUCUCGAUCUCCGGCGAGCUGUCGCUGUCGCCAUCACCCAAGAUUUCAUCCAGUGGAAUAGACAGGCCUAGGGAUCUGCCUCCAAGGAUCCCCAAGAGAGAGGGCUCGCUACGAGGAAGGGACAGUUUACCCUCUCCCACAGCGGAUCAUGCAAGCCACGCAGCAGCAAGUCCCAUCGGAGCAAGUCCGAUAGGAGUGAGCUCUCAGGGGCCAUCUCCAGGAUCAUCGUCGUUUAAGAAGACCUCCGUGCCAGCAAUCUCAUCGGAAGAUAUCGUAAAGCGGCAGCUGACGCGGCUUCGUAAGGCGCCCAGAGAAGAGAGCGACAACUCUGUGGAUAAGACACCUGAUAAGGAACAAGGAUUCGUGAUACCAAGGCUUCGGAGCAUCUCGCCUACCAGAAAAUCCCAGUCACCUAGCCAGGAGAAGGCGGAAGAAGCCGAAAAGAAGGAAGAACCAACGGAUAAAGACUGGAGAGGGGGAGGUGAAGCUUCCAAAGAGGAAAACCGGAAGUCCGUAGAAGGUGUGUGGCAGCCACGAGAGGAAGUUAACAUUCCAGCGAAUAACACUCCCCAGGGCAUUUCUCCGACAACAACGGCACCGGCACCAGCACCGGCACCGAAAAUUCCCCCAGCGGUUCGCCCUAAACCCAAGGGAAACCGCAACCCUCAGCCCCCUUUCCGUAAAAACUCCGAUGAUCUGUUAGCUUCGCUGCAGGCUGCUCAAGUCGUGCGGAGUCAUCGGACUAGUGGCGGUCCUGACGACAACAGGAAGAGCGGAGGGUCUGUGGGGACGACACUGCUUUUUUUGAGGUCUCUAGGGGGGUGA